AUGUCGUCCGCCGGCGCAACCCUCCCCGAUCCUCCGCGCGACGUCGAGUCGAUCGCCGCCGUUGAGCAAUCGCUCGUGUUCCCUUCCUUCACGGCCAACACGGCCUGGGAGCUGGGCAACGCUCUUCGCUUCCGCCUGCUUGACUUCCCGACUCCUGCCGUCAUCAACAUCACCCUCGCCAACAGCGACCAGCUGCUCUUCCACACCGUCACUCGCUCCGGCACUCUGCCCGACAACGACAGCUGGGUCGCCCGCAAGCGAGCUACCGUCUUGCGCUGGGGCGUUUCCUCGUGGUACAUGCAUAACAAGCUCGGGGGUGAUGAGGCAAGAUUCGCCGCCAAGUACAUGCUGGGUGAGCGCGCGGGCCAAUUCGCCAUCCAUGGAGGCGGCUUUCCGGUGCGCGUCAAGGGCGUCGAGGGCAUCGUCGGCGUCAUUGUCGUAAGCGGGCUGAAGCAGGAGUGGGACCACCAGAUCAUUGUCGAAACGGUCGAGAAGUACCUGAAGAGCCAGUGA